AUGGCGCUCUGGGAUGUCGACUGCCGCCUGAUGGACUGUCGACGCCUGGGCAGAAACGAAGCCAUGUCCGGGGGUAUGCAGGAACUUCAUUCCAAGACGGCCCUCAAGGCGGCCAUCACCGCCGCCUUGAAAGCAGAGACUGUUGGCAAGGGGAGCGGCAGUGCCAGCACCAGCGGCAGCGUUGACGAACUGAAGGAGGUGAUCGCGUCAGCGGUGGCACGGGCACGGGCACAGGCACAGGCACAGGCUUUGAUGCAAGUGGCUAUGGAAGAAUUGACGGGAUGGGAUCAGCACACAGCAACGGCAACAACAACGGAAGUGGAAACGGCAACGGAAACGGAAAAUGAAAAUCGAAGCGUGGGAAACAUCGUCUCUGAGCGCAGACAGUCGAUCUGCAAUGUAAUCUUUGGAGACGAUGAGCGGAACUGCGGCAACGGAAACAGCAACGACAACGGCAGCAUUGACAGCUCUUCGGGCGGUCUCUUUUCUCGCAUUUUUAGACGAGUCGAUCGCCUGCUGCGUCGCUGGCUGCCUGGCUACAAUUAUCUACGCGGCAGUGGCGGCAGUGACGACAGCGCAGAUCUCAGCUUAGUCAUAGUCGGCAAUGAGUCCGGAAAUGCCAACGAAAAUGACUACGAGGAUACGUUUGCUGGCGUAGAGGUGGCCAGCGAAGAGCCGCUACACUUGGCUCAGGUGCAGGUCCAGCGGGGGCGCAGCUUUUCUACAAUGAGCGGCCAUCGUAACAAAUGGAUGUCGAAUGACAUCUACCUGAGCGGGGGCAUCACCCGAGCCGAGUUCAGCGCCCAUCUGGAGGGCAUCCUGCAGAAGCGGAUGCUCAAAGAGAACCAGGAGACAGUGCUGUACCUGCAGCACUAG